AUGGCGUCCCUUCGUCCCGAGUCUGCCGCGGCUUUGACCGCCCAUCGACGUGAGGCGAUGCGUCUUGCAAAGCAGCAAGAACGAGCUGUUGCAGAGAAGUGCAAGCGAAGCAACGAAGACCCCCCCGGCUAUAGCUUUGACGAACUCAUCGGCAAAGGUAGCUUCGGCAGAGUCUACAAAGGCCGCCAGAAGUCGAGCAACAAGAUUGUUGCCAUAAAAGUUCUCGACAUCGAUGAUGCCGAUUUCUCUGCGUAUGGUGAACAGAAGGAUGAGCAGAUACGGGACUUCGACAGAGAGAUCAGAAUUCUGAGACAGGCUCAAGACAGCGGUGCAGUCAACCUCAAUCGCAUGAUUGAAGCCCUUCCCGUUCACAGUCAGUUGUGGUUGAUCUGCGAACAUUGUCCGGGUGGAAGCGUAAAGACGUUGAUGCGUGCCACGAAGGAUCGUUUGGAGGAAAAGUUUAUUGUUAUAGUCGCUCGAGAGUUGGCAAAGGCCCUGAAAGGACUUCACGAGGCUGGCAUCAUCCACCGAGACAUCAAGGCUGCCAACGUGCUCGUACACGAGGAGGGAAACCUGCAACUCUGCGAUUUCGGUGUUGCCAACGUCCUCGAUACUCGGACUGAUAAGAGACGGACAUUCAUCGGCACUCUGCACUGGAUGCCUCCCGAGCUGUGGACCGAGAGACCUGAGUAUUCCGAUGAGGUCGAUGUCUGGGAAUAUGGCUGCACUCUGUAUGAGUGCGCGUUAGGAAGACCACCCAACAGCGAUCUUCGCGAGCGACAGCAGCUAAAGAUGCGAAUGCGCCGACUCAAGCAAGCGAUUGCCUUACCAGAAUCCGAAUCAUUCAGCGAAGGUCUACGUGAACUUGUCAAGUUCACGCUCAGUCCGGAAGUGAGCUCUCGCCCUUCGAUGAAAGACGUUCUUGAGCACGACUUUUUGAGAGAAACUGAGGAGACUCAUCCCACGAAAGAUCUGCAAGCAUUGGUGCAAAAUUACUAUGCGUGGUUGUUCACAGGUGGACAACGUGUCUCACUGUUUAUGCCUGGAGGUGCUCCCGCCGCAGCAACCGAAGAUCCCGAUUCACAAAUCACCGACAGCGACGAAUGGAAUUUCAGCACAACUCAAGAUUUUGAGCGUCGUGUUUCUACCAUUCUUGAGAUUCCCGAUCUCUCAAACUUGAGUGCAGAGUUUGAAAACCAAGACACUCCUCGAGGCCUUUCACAGGCCACAGAUCUGUCGCCGCCUCGGCACAUGACCGCAGCGCAAAAGGCCAACUUCGAAGCGCGUGUGAAUCGCGGUGCUGCCGAUUUGUCCAACCUUUUCGACCAGUCUGGUCCUGCCUACGAGUACAAGACCAAGACCGACUUCAUCCCCAUACCUGAACAAGUAACGCCAGAGAAGCGCAGAGCAUCAGACCUACCCUUCAGAGCCAUGGCCGAAGACCGUCCCUCCUCUAUCGCUUCGAAUGUCAUCGAUUUGGGCGAAUUCGACGACAAUGACUACGCUCCCGCCGCUCCUCGCACCGACGACAACAUUCAGACUACCUAUGCCGACACUCCUAUGAAAGGCCAGACCAUCCGUCUUGCCGAUGCCUCCACUCUCCGUCAGAAGCGUGCCAACUCCAAAGGGCCGCGUGAUCCCACCACUCAGAACUUGACAGCUCGUCGCGCUUCCUCCGCCGAUGAUGCAGACAGACAGUCCAUGGGGGUUUCUGCUUAUGACUUCGCAGCUGCGCAGCAGGACUGGGCAUCCACCAAAGAGAAAGGCAAGCAGCCCGAACUGCAAGAAGCUGCUGAGAUCACCUCGUCGAACCCCGCUCGCGCUACUAUGGACUGGUCCUUCGCUGAUGCUAUGGCUGGAAUGGGAGGAGGUACGGUGCGAGAUCCUGACGUUCCUCUGUCAGCGCCUCUGCCGUUCGCGGAAGCCACACCCAGCAACAUCCCGCAGACUGCCAUGUCUACGUCGGACGAACCAGGCCCCGAAGAGGAGGAAGAGCAAUACCCAUCUCGCGCUGCAUCUCGCGCCCGUGACCGUGCUACCCUCGACUGGUCCUUCAGCGACGCCAUGUCCGAGCUCCAAUCUACCAACACUUCUGCUGCUGGCACACUCGAGUCCUCCGCACCUCAGCGCACCACCCCGUCUCGUCCAACCCCACUAGUCCGCCAGAUGACCAUGCCAGUCACGCACCAAGACUUCUCCACUCUUGAAGAAGACGACGACGACGACGAUCAGAUGAUCCAGCACGCACGUCCCGCCACCUCACUCUCUGCCGCACCCAGCGACAACUACCCCGAUAGCGACGCCUCGUCCGCCGACUUCGACCCCUUUUCCCUCGAGCACGCCAGCGACGACUACCCGGGCCCAGCCACCCUCGAUGCCGCCACCGUCGCCGGCAUGGGCGCCUUCUACGCCACGCGCGGCCGCACCAUCCUCCCCGACCACCCCUGGCCCGAGCCCUUCACCCCCAACCCCAUGGGCGCCCCCUACCCCAACGGCCGACCCCCUCGUAUCGGCAAGGAAGGCUUCCCCGGCCCCGCCGCUGCAGCCAUGCCUGCUGGGGCGCGCUCGCACGAUCGCGGCGGCAGCGGCGGCUCCGUGACCUCCGCCUCCGGUGGUAGUAGUGGCGCGCCGCGCAGCUAUGUUGAGGUGCCGGAGGCGCUGCCCCCGAACGUGGCGGCCAUGUCGGUGGGCGCGACCAACGAGGAGCUGGCGGCGGAGUUGGACCGGCUUCUGGAGAGCUUUGGGGGCACGUUGGCGGCGGCGAGCAGCGUGUUUGGAAGUGUGGGCGGGAGGAAGGGCCGUGGUAGGGAGAGAGGCGGGAGGAGAGGCGGCAGGGGAGGCGCUGCUGGUGGUGCUGGUGGUGCUGGUGGCAGAGAGGCUGGCGGUGGUAGAGAGAGUGAAGGUGGGGAGGCGGCGGCUUGA